AUGACCUUUUUGCCAAAGUCGAUUAUGGCUCCCAUCUCAAGCUACGCAUACACGCCCAUCCCCGUCAACUUGGACCAUGGAAAGUCUGAGCCAUAUCAUUUACAGGAAGGGUUGAACGAGAAUAGCACUUCAGAUCUUGAACUAAGAGACCGACGACGGCAACUUUUCCUGGUCGCUUUGACCUCGCUGUCUUUACUAUCUCUCAUGAUCUUGAGCAUGGCUCUGGGGCGCCUUACUGUCACCAACUUCGACUGCGGCAGACAGCUUUCCACUUGGUCACCGGCAUUCGAAGCUGUCGAGUAUUACCAAACGACAUUUGAGGGAGAAUUUCUGGCUCCGUCAGUCUGGCGAGGCCCGCCCUCUCCAGAAUUGGAUGAAGCAUGGAACCGUAUCUCCAUACGAGGCACGGGGAGCUUGAGAAUCGCAAAAGACGAUCUGUCACGGCUCAACAAAUCAGCCGACGCGGAAAUUACUGCCGGCUUCGGAGACGGCACGAAUGAUGUACAAGUUUUGCUGGAGGUCUUCCAUCAGCUCCACUGUCUGAAUGAAAUCCGCAAGCACACCUGGCCUGAAUACUACAAGUUUGACGCGCCGCCCAAGGUAGAGCGAGCGCACCUCGGUAUGCCCAUCACCAUCGUCAAGUCAAGCCUUGACGCACCUAAGCUAACAGCUAUGUAUGGGUAA